UGACGAUUAGGGUGUUCAUACAGAGUGACGAACGAUGGCGAGUAAUACGUGACCCUUGGGCUAGUUCCAGACAAAAAAAAAGAGAUAGCAUUUCAGCUCCAGACUCCGGAAGAGUAUUUCAUUUUCAAGGUGAGUUCUUUUUCAACGUUAUUUACGUACACCGCUCGUUUAUCAUGUUUCGGUUCCACGUUCGUUGAUAGCAUCGCAGUUGCUAAAAAACAAACGUUAAAGAAAAAAAAAAAUCGUGUGUUUACUCGCAGUAUAUUCAGAGUGGUUUUGUUAAGCUAAUUUUCGUUAUAAAGUAUACUUAAAUUUCCCAAAUGGUGAACUUGUUUUCUCGAGCUUCAUAUGAAGUGUUAAAUCAUGCCUGCGUUCUUCUUUCGAUGCGCAAGUAUUUAUACCAUUGUGAGCAUCAGCUAAGCUGCAACCGGCGAAGUCCUGUAUUUCAAACGGUUCAGUGUAAAAAAACUCUCCAACAUGUUACGAAAAUAGGAAGAUCAGGUUUUGGUUUUGUUGUAAGUGGUUUGGCAUGUCAGCCUCAAAAUAUGGGAGAAGUUUUGUUUGUUUGGCCAUUGUAGUGGUACUAUUAGUUUUUUUAUGGGCUGUACAGUUAUCUGAUGUCAUGGAUUUUGUUCCUGUGAGAAAGAAUUUGCACACUCCUUCAAGGCCACAUGGUAGUAAUAGUAGUGCUGUUAAUCAGACCACUUCAAUAACCACCCCAAGUUCUUCACUUACAACUCAGAGGAAAACAAAGGAAUGCAUACCUCAUAAGCCAGACAAAGCUGGUCAAGAACUGAUUGUGAAGUAUUAUGGCCAGCCAGGACAAGUGGAGGAUCGAAAAUGCUCUGGUACACAUUACCCAGAUAUUUGUUCUUACCAACGAGCAGAUUCUGGGGAAAUUAACGUGUCUUGUGAUGCAAAGGUUUGCGGAUCUUCAGACAUCCAAAUGGCGUCUGUUGAUCCGCAAAUGGGAAAAUCUGUAACUGACUGGAAAACUUUAUCAAAGGACAGACUCACUGCCUCAGUCCAAGAGGCCCUGAAAACCAACCAAGAAAGAGGAUUUGAUUUUCUCUUCUUGAGAUGUGGAAGUAAUCUCCAGGUCUUUUCCUUUCCUCCAAUUUUUAAGAAAAUUGAAGAUGGCAAAACUAGAAAUAAUAUCAAUAUUAAUGUGAUUAUGUUGGACUCUAUUUCGCGACCGCAUUUUUAUCGUACCAUGCCAAGAGCUGCUGGGGCUUUUAAGAAAAUUAAUGAUGCUGCUGAUAUAAAGGCCAGGGCACUGGACUUCGAACUUGAUCAGAGUAUUGGUCAACAGACUUUUGAGAAUUUAAGACCAUUUUUUUCUGGAAUUCUUAAAGAUGAUAAUGAGAUCAGUGCUUCAGGUGAGAACACGAAGGCCCCUUUAGGAAUGGAAGUGCUGUAUGGUGCCUUCCAGAAAGCUGGUUACCAGACUCUCUUUCAAGAGGACCUUUGUUGGUAUGACAUUUGGGGAAGUUUGCUAACAAACAUUCGAAAACGUCCUGUACCUAGUGGAGAUGCUGACUUCAAAUCCAGGUGGAAAGAACUUCGAGAAAAGGAGGAACACAAAACAAUCAAUCAUUUUGGCUUAACACACUUCUCCUGUACAGUGUUAAAUUAUGUUUUGAAGAGAACUAAUCAUUAUGACUACCCCCCUAAAGUUUGCUUUAAUGGACAGUUUUUCAGUUGGUAUUUCAUGGACUACAUAACCAAGGUGUAUACUGUACUGCAGCAAGAUGAGAAAGCUAAACCACUGGUGUCUUACAUGCAUUUUAACACUGGACACGAAACAACUGGUAAAAGAAUGAUUAACUUGGAUGUUGGCUUGGCAAAGUUCUUCACAGACAUGGCUUCAUUUCCUAACACACUGACUCUGAUAUUUUCUGAUCAUGGCCAUAAAAUGACCUCAUUUAGUUACACUCCUGAAGGCAGGAGAGAAUUGUUUGAUCCAGUAUUCAUCAUGAUUGUCCCUGAUGGUGUCGCAGAUAAACUGGGUCCAGAAAGGAUGGGAGCCUUGGUAACAAACCAAAAGCGCAUCUUCAUGUUGUAUGAUGUUCACAAAGCACUCAUGAGUUUGCACAAUCCUCAGACAAUGAACUCCAGGGAUUAUCAAAUAACUGGGAUAUUCUCAGAAAUACCAGCUAACCGCACUUGCGCAGACUUGUUCAUGCUUCCUUUGACACGAUGCAAAUGUGAGGGUUUUGAUGAAGAAGGUCACAUCAAAGAUAAUGCAGAAGAUCACAAGUGGCUUGCAGAAGCUGCAGUUGGUCAUAUGAAUGAUGCUAUACAAAGGCAUUACGAGAAAGAGGAUAAAAACUCAAAGAAAAACCAAGGUUAUGGAAACUGUGAGCGCCUAGUUGGAAAAUCGUUUACUUCUGUUGUGAAGCGUUUCCAAGGAGAGUUCAUCUUAACAACAAUGGAUGUACAUGUGGUUCCUCCAAAUGGAUACCAAGAUGAUGAAAUUUUUAAAGUGUCUGUCAAACAGUACUCCAAACCAAGACAAGGAGUAUUUUUUCUCAGUUUUGUUAGAAUGACAAUGUACAACAAAUUUGUACCUUGCCAAGACAAGUCAGUAGAUAUUAAGCUCUGUGCAUGUGCUAAAAAUCAAACCUCCAAUGAUACUAAAAAUGGAGUAUUGUUGGGGAAUGGUGUUCCUCGGGAAAUGUUUGGUGCAGAAACAAAAGUGAAGAACUUGGAUUCCAACUGUUUGCUGUUCUUGAGAAGGGAUUUUGGGACAUUUUCCUUUGCACUGGAAGUAACAAAUGUAUGCACAGAUAGAAUGUACAAAUUUUCAAUGACAGGUUCUAUGGAUCAAAGGAUUUUUUCUACUGCUUUACCAAUUAGUCGUGAAUUACCACCAAAGACUUUCUUUUUUUUAACGUCUGUAUUCAAAUAUUUAUCAAAAGUUAAUCAAGCUUUGAACUUGAGAGCAAGUAUACAAGUGAAGAGGGCUGGCUCCAGUGAAUUUUCAACCCUAGGAACUGCUAGUGUCUCGUGAGUAGAAAACAGCCAAAAAAAUUCAAAGUUUAAUUUGCCACUGGAAAAAAUAAAUCCACACCAUUAUUUGGUUAUUAAAAGUGGUUUAAAAUAUUUUGUUUAUUUAAAAGGCACAAAUUCCCUUCCUGUAUAAUCCAUAAAUAUGUCAACUUCUAAAUCACAAUAAAAGAAUGAAAUGAGAUUUAGAACUCGAGACGUAGAAAAAUUUUCAAACUACUGAUUGAACCAGGUCAAAUUCUGAUAUGAACAUCUUUAAAUGUCAGUGUGAUAUCAAAAUCAGCUUAAGGAAUAUUUUAGAAUAAAAGUCUUCACAGUCCAGUUUGUAACUUAAACUAUCCACAUCAUAGGAAAUCACCAAAUGAUUCAAACUCAAUUCUGUUUUACUAAUCAAAGGUAAUAAAGAAUGUACAUGGAAUUUCUAAAAAACUGAGAAAUAAAGACAAAUUUGCAAUUUGUAUCACA